AGAAGGGAAACUUGGGGAAAGGUAGGCACAGGGAAUGCACAUGGAGGACUUUGGAUUCCUGGUGGUACUGUCAACAGGGCACAACAACCAGCAGAGAUUUGGGGUAACAGGCUGAUUUCCAAUCCCUCAGAUGCCACUGGGGCCAUGCCACUGUGUCCCCUGGUCCCGUGGCUAUUCCAGGAGUGGCAUGUCUAGAUGUCACCGCUGUCCCCAGUAGCUCUGGGGAGGUGGGCACACACCAGCCUUCUCCUUUCCCCCUGGAUAACUUGAUCCAGCUGGGCAUUCAGCUGGGCAUCCCGCCUGGCACCAGUUCCAUUCUCUGUUCACUGGGACAGCCUCCAAGUGUGGGAUAAGCUUGGUUUGUCCCUGGUCACCGUGACACAGCCACAGGAGGUGACCACAGGGUUGGGGCACUGAGGUCACCAGCAGCACGGGAGCGAGGAGCCCUGGGCAGAGCUCAUCCCACGGGAUCAGCUGAUCCUGAUCCCCCCCCGCAUCCCAGCCACCUGGAUAUAAAUCCACCCCGCGGAGCCCCGUGCUCCGUCUGUGUCACUGCCAUGGGACGGAGCUGCUCCUUCCUCCUGCUCCUCUUCCUCCUGUCCUCGUGGCCCAGAGCCACCGUGGCACUGCUGCAGUACCGCCACGACUGCGGGGAGUUGGGAAUGCAGCUCCUGGUCUUCCCGUCCCACGGCCGCACCGUCCGCUUCAAGGUUCUGGACGAGUUUGGCUCCCGCUUUGACGUGGCCAACUGCUCCAUCUGCCUCCACUGGCUGAAUUCCAGGGAGGACGGCUCUGUCAUCUUCUCCUCUGGCUACAAGGGUUGCCACGUCCUGUUCAAGGAGAACCGCUACGUCCUGCGGGUGCAGCUGGAGGAGCUGCUGUCCAGCGGGAUCCCCGUCACCUCCUACGAGGUCAACAUGACCUGCCCCAAGCCAGAUGGCUCUGAGAUGCUCCCAGAUGGAACCCGGGAGAAGACCCGGGACAGUGGAGUCCUGAUCUCCCACACCGGCCUGCACCAGCUCUCCGAGUCCUCCCUCACCCUCACGGGAUCCCACUUCACAUCCCAAGAUCACCUGGAGCAGGUUCACACCGUGGGACAGUACCAGCCCAGCUCAGUGCUUCCUGGGAUCCAGCACCAUUCCAGUCCAGCCCACUCGGGGCUUCUGUCCCAGCCUGGUGGGGUUCAUCCUGUCACCCAAAUCCAGGGAAGCUUCUUCCGCCCAGCAGUGCAGCCCUCCCAGUCUGGGGGGCAGAGCCAGCCAGGGAUGCUUCGCCCAGUGCUUGUGUCCCAAAACCAUCCCAGUUUGGCUCAUCACGGGGGUCAGACCCAACCGGGGCACCUGCGGCCAGGGUCUGUAUCCCAAAACCAGCCUGGGAUGAUGCAUUCCGUCGGUCAAAACCAACCAGGGAUUCGUCCAGGGUCUGUAUCCCAAAAUCAGCCCGGGAUGAUGCAUCAUGGGGGUCAAAACCAACCAGGGCAACUUCGUCCAGGGUCUGUAUCUCACAACCAACCUGGGUUGAUGCAUUCCGUGGGUCAAAACCAACCGGGGCAACUUCGUCCAGGGUCUGUAUCCCAAAAUCAGCCUGGGAUGAUGCAUCAUGGGGGUCAAAACCAACCGGGGCAACUUCGUCCAGGGUCUGUAUCCCACAACCAGCCUGGGAUUGCGUAUUCUGUGGGUCAAAACCAACCAGGGAUUCGCCCAGGUUCUAUAUCUCAAAACCAGCCCGGGAUGAUGCAUUCUGUAGGUCAAAACCGACCAGGAAUUCGCCCAGGUUCUGUAUCCCACAACCAGGCUGGGAUGAUCCAUUCCGUGGGUCAAAACCAGCCAGGGAUUCGUCCAGGGUCUCUAUCCCACAACCAGCCUGGGAUGGCGUAUUCUGUGGGUCAAAACCAACCGGGGCAACUUCGUCCAGGGUCUGUAUCCCACAACCAGCCUGGGAUGAUGCAUUCUGUAGGUCAAAACCGACCAGGGAUUCGCCCAGGUUCUGUAUCCCACAACCAGCCUGGGAUGAUGCAUUCCGUGGGUCAAAACCAGCCAGGGAUUCGUCCAGUUUCUGUAUCCCACAACCAGCCCGGGAUGAUGCAUUCUGUAGGUCAAAACCAACCGGGGCAACUUCGCCCAGGGUCUGUAUCCCACAACCAGCCUGGCUUGACCUCCACUGGUGCCCAGACUCCAGCAGGAUUCCUGCGCCCGGGAGCUCAGCCCCUAAACCAGCCGGGAGUAUCUCGUCCCAGUCAGCACUCCAACUCCCACACUGGGCUCCUAGGCCACACUGGGCUGCUCCAUCCUGGCCAUCCCAGCCCGGCUUUGGUGCACCCAGGACUCUCAUCCUGGCCGGGUUUCAUCAGCCCUGGACUCCAGGCUGAGCCCCAGCCAGGCCUGGGACGCCCUGGGCUGCGGCCCCAGCCUGGAUUGCUGCAUCCUGGGAUUCACUCCCAGCCCAGCCUGCUGCAGUCCACAGCGCUCUUCUACCCCUCGCCAGGGGCAGGAAUGCAGCUGACGCGGGAGCAGUGCCAGGUGCCGGCGGGCCGGGUGCCGUGCGUGGCUCCACAGGGGCGGGAUGCAUGCGUGCAGGCGGGAUGCUGCUACGACGACAUGGACCGUACCACACCCUGCUACUACGGGAAUACCGCCACCGUGCAGUGCCUGCUGGAGGGACACUUUGUCCUGGUGGUCCCGCGGGGAAUGGUGGCCCUGCCGUACAACCUGGACAGCGUGCGGCUGGCCAGCAGCCAGGCGGGGUGUGAGCCCCGCCACGUGUCCGAGGCCUUCGUCAUGUUCCGCUUCCCGGUCACCCACUGCGGCACCACCGUCCAGGCGAUCGAGGACAUGCUGAUCUAUGAGAACCAGCUGAUCUCCACCAUCGAUGUCCAGGGAUCCCCCCGUGGCUCCAUCACUCGGGACAGUGUCUACAUUCUCCGAGCUCGGUGCAUCUACAACGCCAGCGACCUCCUUCCCUUGGGAGUGGAGGUGGCCGUGCCCCCCACAGCCGCCCCCCUGGCCAUGCCGGGCCCGCUGGGGCUCCAGCUGCGGAUUGCCACCGACGAAUCCUACAGCUCCUACCACGCUGUGGGUGACUUCCCCCUGGUGAGGGUGCUCCGGGACCCCAUUUACGUGGAAGUCCGGCUGCUCCAGAAGACGGAUCCCAAUUUGGUGCUGGUGCUGCACCACUGCUGGGCCUCCCCUGGCUCCCAUGCCACAUCCCAGCCCCAGUGGCCCAUCCUGGUGGAAGGGUGUCCCUUCCAAGGGGACAACUACAGGACACGGCUGAUUCCGAUGGGCCCGGCCUCUCCGGAGCUGCCCUUCCCCAGCCACUACCAGCGCUUUGUCAUCUCCACCUUCGCCUUUGUGGAGCCCCCUGGAAUGGCUGUGCUGGAGGGGGAGGUGUACAUCUCCUGCAGCGCCUCCGUGUGCCACCUGGCCCAGCCGGAGCCCUGCCGGCCCUCCUGCCAGCUGGCAGUGCCCUCACGAGCGCGGAGGUCUCCGGAAGACAGGAGGACAGGUGACAGCAUGGGGACAGUCACAUCCCAGGGAUGCCUUGUCUUUCCUGAGGUUUCCAAGAGAGGGGGAGCUCAGCAGAGAGGCUGA